CCCGCCGCGGUCCGCCCGGCCCGCCGCCCCGGGGCCCGUUAGUGCUCCGCGCCCGCUCGCGGGUCCGCCGUGCGACCCCCGCCCGGAGCGAGCCCGCCCCUGCCCCCCGACACUUGACCCAGCGCAGUCCCAACGCCCAGUGCGGCCGCCCCAGGAGCCGCGGAGCGGCGGCGGCGGGGGGAGGAGGGAGAGGAGGGCCGUGCCGGCGGCCGGGGAGGCCCGGUUUUGAAGCCGCUUCUCUGCCCGAGUUAGGUCUCGCCCAGCUCUGUUUCCUUCUGUAUGUACUUUGCGCGAAUAAGUUUUGGAGCAUUGGUUAACAGCCUGUGGGUGAAAUUUGGCUUUCAUUCGUGAAUGAGGAAUUAUUCUUGACAGAAGUAUUUUAAAAGAAAAAUCCUUACAAUGGCCUCAGCAGUACUUAGUUCUGUUCCCACUACUGCUUCUCGUUUUGCCUUGUUGCAAGUGGAUAGUGGCAGUGGUUCUGAUUCUGAGCCUGGAAAAGGCAAAGGUCGGAAUACUGGAAAGUCUCAAACAAAUAAAUCAACUACAAAUGAGAAGAAAAGAGAGAAAAGAAGAAAAAAGAAGGAACAGCAACAGAGUGAAGCAAAUGAGCUCAGGAAUCUUGCUUUUAAGAAAAUUCCCCAGAAAUCCUCCCAUGGCAUUUGUAAUGCUCAGCAUGAGCUAUCAUUACCAAACCCAGUACAGAAGGAUUCACGGGAAGAAAAUUGGCAAGAGUGGAGACAAAGAGAUGAGCAGCUGACAUCUGAAAUGUUUGAAGCAGAUCUUGAGAAGGCAUUGUUGCUAAGUAAAUUAGAAUAUGAAGAACACAAAAAGGAAUAUGAAAAUGCUGAAAAUGCAUCAGCUCAGUCAAGGGUUAUGAAUAAAAAAGACAAAAGAAAGACUCAUCAGGGAAAAGACAAACCUCUCCCAAUAUCACUAAAAAAGUUUCAAUCUGAAGAUCACAUUAGUAAAAAGACUGAGGAAUUGAGUUCUUCUCAGACUUUAUCACAUGAUGGAGGAUUCUUCAAUAGACUGGAAGAUGAUGUUCAUAAAAUUCUUAUUAGAGAAAAAAGAAGAGAACAGCUUACAGAAUAUAAUGGAACAGAUAAUUGCACAGUUCAUGAACACAACCAGGAAGUAGUUCUAAAAGAUGGAAGAAUUGAAAGACUAAAGUUGGAACUUGAAAGAAAAGAUGCUGAAAUCCAGAAGCUGAAAAAUGUGAUCACUCAGUGGGAGGCAAAGUAUAAAGAAGUAAAGGCAAGAAAUGCACAGUUAUUGAAAAUGCUUCAGGAAGGUGAAAUGAAAGAUAAAGCAGAAAUACUUCUGCAAGUUGAUGAAUCACAAAGUAUCAAGAAUGAGCUAACGAUACAGGUAACUUCACUUCAUGCUGCGUUAGAACAAGAAAGAUCUAAAGUGAAAGUAUUACAAGCAGAAUUAGCCAAAUAUCAGGUAUGCUUUUAUAAUUAUGAAAGUGUUUUCAUCACAGAUAAUACAUUUGGAAUAGGUAUAUACAUGUGAGAAUAAAGGUACUAUUUUAUUCUUAGGCCAAAAUUUAUUCACCAAACAUAUUGAUGAUUUUGUUACUAUUGGUUAUAUAAUUUACAUCAUAGAAAAUGUUAAGUUUAUUCUAGACAUUAGUAUAUACAGCAAUAACUAAAGUAACUCAAAAAGACCUUUGGUACUACAUAGAUGAUGUGAGAUAUGUGCCAGUGAACCUUAUCGAGGGAAGGUACAUAAUGACAUUUAUCCCAUUAUAUAAUAAGUUUUAUCACUUGGGUACAGCAAUCUCUCCUAGAUAUCUUCAUUGUAAAGAUAUCUUUUCCCCUUUGUAAUUAAUAAAUAAUAUGUGAAGUUAUAGUUUGAGAUUGUAUGAAUAUCCUUUUCUUUUUACCCAAUGAUUUUAGCAUCCAGAUUAAUGAUAUUUUUAUCAGUUAUUAUUUUGGUAGUUGCAAAAUAGUGAUUUUUCUAAUUCUGUCAUUUCGUCUGCAUUUACAAGAUGGCAUUCAGCAUUUUUUUCAGGGUGAAGCAGUAAACAAUAUCAGGGCUUUGUUUCAAUAUAUGUGUAUAUGUAUAUUUGUGAAUACACACAAACACAUGUAUUUGUAUAUACAUAUGUAUGUGUGUCUAUGUCAUGAUAUAAAAUGAGUUAAUUGAUGUGGGGGUCAUAGUCAAAAAAGUUCGAAAGCCACCACUGGUGGCCUAGAGAACAUAAAAGUUGUUUAGCUCCAGCUUUGACAUGUCAUCAAUCCAGGAAGGAAGAUUCCCUUUGCCUGGGAAGCUUUGAAAAGGAUCUUUGAAUUAUUAUUAUUUUUAAAAAACUCUUGUUUAGAAGAAAGGUAAGAGUUUUAAGCUAUAUAACAUUGGUACCUCUGUAUAGUGGGUAUCUACCUUGUAGAAAGUUUUUUAGUAAAUUUAUUUUUUAUUUCCCUGCUAUCAGGAAAUCUUAUUUUUAACACCUGUCAUUAUACAUCUCAAGUUUCAUAUAACCUCUUCGUACUUUUUUUUCUCUGAACGAAUCUUUGCAAAACUUUUAUUUGGUCAGGACUGAAUAACAGCAUUCUCAUACUUUUUUUUUUUUUUAAAGAAGGUUUGUUGUAGACAUGUUUUUGAACACCAAGAGGGAGGUUAUGGGCAGAAAAAGGGUGAAACAAAGAGAAGCUGCCAACAUUAUUAAAUGGGUCUGGGUUCCAUGUGCCCUUGAUAUAACCACCACUCUAAAAAUUGUGCUUUCACAGACAAGUAGUUCCCAAACUUGGCUGAUCAUCAGAAUUUCUUGGGAACUUUUUGAUUGUUCAGCCCACUACUAAUUAUCAUAAGUAAAUAGGCUGGGACAAAGUCUAGAGAUCAGAAUUUUUAAAAUAUUACUACUUAGGUGAUUCUAGUAAUUAACCAAGUUUGAGUAUCAUUGCCAUAGUUUACAAAAAUGUAGAAAAAUUAUAAAAUUAUUAUAAAUGCAUCAAACCAUUAUUUAUGGUUAAAAUGGAGGGUAGAAUAGUUAUGGAUGAUUAAAUUUUUUUGUACCUUUGUGCUUUCCAUAUUUUUAAAAUGAUUAUUUGCUUUUUGAAUCAGAGUAAGGCAGAAAAUGUUGUUAAAAGUAAUUAAUGAAAAAUACUUCCUGUCUUUUAAGCCACCUUUCUCUUUCUUUGGCUCAAGUCAAAUACCAUUGAUGGCAUUUCAUUUGGAGGAAAUUAAACAGAUUUAUAUAUGUCACUGAGCAAAUAUGAAAAGUACAAUCUUUUCAACCCACUGAUGAACAAAAUCAGAUUUCUAAUGCUGUCUUAUAUGAACAGAACUAUACAGAACUUGAAUUAGAAAUUGAAUUACCCAAAAGGGUAAUGAAGUGAAUCACCAAAUUUGCUGAUCAUAUGGAGCAAAUUGUCUAUUUUGAUCAAUUUUUUUUGGCUGCAUUGGGUCUUCGUUGCUGCGCACGGGCUUUCUCUAGUUGCAGCGAGCAGGGGCUACUCUUUGUUGUGGUGCACAGACUUCCCACUGCAGUGGCUUCUCUUGUUGUGGAGCAUGGGUUCUAGUCGUGCAGGCUUCAGUAGUUGCAGCACGAAGGCUCAGUAGUUGUGGCAUACAGGCCCUUGAGCACGUGGGCUUCAGUAGUUGUGGCGUGUGGGCUCAGUAGUUGCGGUGUGUGGGCUCAGUAGUUGCGGCGCGCAGGCUCUAGGGCACGUAGGCUUCAGUAGUUGUGGCGUGUGGGCUCAGUGGUGUGGCUCGCAGGCUCUAGAGCAUGGGCUCAGAAGUUGUGGCUCACGGGCUUAGUUGCUCUGCGGCACGUGGGAUCUUCCCAGACCAGGUAUCGAACCCUGCAUUGGCAGGUGGAUUCUUAACCACUGUGCCACCAGGGAAGUCCUGACCAAAAUUUUUAUUAAAAAAAAAAAAAUCUGGGACAGUGCAAAUGAGCUCUGAAAAAUAAGAUACUGGUGAUCAGACUAAGUCCGGACCAGUUCAAAUAGAUAACUGUUUUCUACAACCUACUUUAACCGUUUGUAAAAAUAACAACGGUUAUUGCUAUUUAAAAUACGUAAAAAUAAUUUAGUGGUAUGUUCAUUCAAAUUUGCAACAAACUCAGAAAAGAAGUUCCUUCCUUUUCAUAGUCAAAUAUGCCUUUGAUCUCAUUUAUUCUUGAAAAGAAAAUGCCCCCAAAAUGUUAUUUCCUCAAUAAUUUACCCUAUUUUUCU